UUCUCAGAUACCCGUGAGAGAUGUUGUUUAUGAAGUGGUGCACAUCACUGAAGACAUUGCUGCGGCAGUUCAACGUCAGGUGGAAUCAGCGGAGAGUGUUGUAAUUUGUUUAACCUACAGCAAUGGGUUCUGCCAGCUCAGCGGCCAGUACACAGAGGCGGCGUGUGUGGCGGACGCCCUGAUGCUCCUCGUGAGCGAUGUGUUCUAUUACUGCAGAGGACAUACGAAGUACACCGCAGACUUCGUUAGUUUUGUGUUAAAAGAGAGGACAAUAUACUGUUAUGAUGCAAAGAUUAUCUUAAUUUACCUAAUGUCGCAAUUGAAUAUUGAGCCUUGUGCGCUGGAUAUGAAGAUAUUUGAUGUUAAGAUUGCCAUGAGUCUUGUAGACCCUGACCGGGGUGCAGACGACUUCGGCGAGGUACAACGCGCUGUGGGGCACGUGGCCGAAUACUGUGUGGCGACGGAGUGCGCCUUGCAGCGGUGCGCCUGGUACCAGACACAGCUGGAGCGGUGCGCAAGCCUGGCGCGCGGGCUGCUGCACCAGCACCAGCUGGAGACGCUCUUUACCGACCUCGAGAUGCGAGUGCUGCCGCUGCUCGCAGCUAUGGAGCAUCGUGGGAUAUCUGUCGAUUGUAAUAAACUGAAGUCAAUGGAGGGUAUCCUGAUGAAGCGCAUGCGAGAGAUAGAGAUGAGGUGCCACAAGGCGGCCGGCAGAACGUUUCAGAUAAAAUCUUCUUUGCAAGUUCGUAAUAUACUGUACGACGAACUUAAAUUGGACACGAAAUCGAACAUCAAAAUUCGAGAGACUGUUAGUAAGGGAGCCAAGUCCACUUCUGAGACCAUGCUGCGAAGCCUAAUUGAUGUUCACCCUCUUCCCAAACUCAUAUUAGAAUACAGACAAUUGCACAAAGCGCACGCUACCUUUGUGUCCGGCAUCAUGAGCUGUGUACGGAAUGACGUCGUCAAGCCGACUUGGUUGCAGAAGGCACAGCAGGCGGUGUCGCGGGAGGAGCGAGAGCGCACCAAGCGCAUCGUGUACGCCAGCCUGUACGGCGCCGGCGUGCGCACGCUCGGGGACAUCCUGGACGUGGGCUACGACCAGGCGCUGGCCGUCAGCAGCAGCUUCCACAGAACGUUCCCGUCCCUCAAAAGUUUCGGAAGGGACGUGGUGGCGCGGUGCCUCCAGCACCAAGGGCGGCUACACACGAGCAGCGGGCGCACGCGACACAUCCCCGACAUCUGUAGCGGAGAUAGCGCCGCCAGGAGCCACGCGCAGCGGCAGGCUGUCAACUUCAUGGUGCAAGGUCUCGCAGCAGACAUCUGCAAGUUGGCCAUGGUGUCGUCCGACAGCCGCCUGCGAGCCGCUCACGUCCCGUGCGAGCUCGUGCUGCAGAUCCACGACGAGCUGGUGUGGGAGGUGCGGGCUGACCAUCUGCAGACAGCUGCAGGUAUAAUCAAGAGCACGAUGGAGCAGUGCGGCCGACAGUUCGGCAUGGAGGUGCCUCUGCCCGUGUCCCUGCGGUGCGGGGACACCUGGGGGGACAUGGAGCCGCUCCCUCUGGUCUAGACCACGUCCCGGCGCGAACAAAUAUCACGUUCAUAUUGUAGAACUCCAAUAUAUUCUUGGAAAUGAGGAUAAAAUUUUAAUGUUCUCCGCAACUCAUUGGGACAAGUAAUUUUCCAGUGAAAUGACACCUUUGUAUUGUAAGAAGCACGUGUUAAUAAUUAAAAUAUUCCAACAUUAUUUUAGCACU